ACGAUGUAUCUAAUUAAAUUGCUGUUGCUGCGCGGCUACGCGUUCAAUCACUCGGCCGAUUUUGAGACGGUACGAAUGUUGAAGGAGAAACUAUGUUACAUCGGUUACAACAUAGAAACGGAAGAGAAGUUGGCUCUUGAAACCACUGUAUUAGUAGAAUCCUAUACCCUUCCUGACGGGCGUGUGAUCGAAGUGGGCGGGGAGAGAUUUGCGGAAGCGCUCUUUCAGCCUCAUUUGAUUAAUGUCGAGGCGCAAGGAAUAGCCGAGCUGGUAUUUAGCAUAAUUCAAGCGGCUGAUAUCGAUAUCAGAAGCGAGCUAUACAACCACAUCGUUCUGAGCGACGGUAGUACAAUGUAUCCGGGACUUCCAUCGAGGCUUGAAUGAGAAAUGUAGCAGGUUUAUCUUCAAAGAGUAUUAAAGAAUGAUAUUACUGGCCUAGUUUACAUCGAUUUCUUGAUACGCGUAUUAAAUAGUAAAUAACUAGUAAAUUAGUUUGAUUAUUGGCUGAUCAGUUUAAAUAUACUAUUUGAUACGCGUAUCAAGAGAUCGGUGUAAACCAGGCCACUGAAUUGAGUGUAAGUGUAUCAUAAUUAAUAGUACUAAUAUACAUGUAUACUGCAGAUUCCUGUACUACGUAUUAAAUUUUUUUAAUAGAAAUUUAAAAUAAAAAUUAAAGACUCACCUCGGCGUAAGGACAUGGUUUUCAUGGAUGGUGCUGUAUUAGCGGAAAUAACGAAAGACCGUGAUUCCGUGUGGAUAACGCGGGAGGAAUACGAAGAGAAGGGUCUUAGUGUAUUAAAAAGAAAUUAGGCUCUUACGAAUCAUAAGAAAAGUCAUAGUAAUGUAGGCUACAAAAUUUUUAAUGAGCAAUCGAAUGUUUUUUAUACCUAAAAAAAAAACGUUCUUGAGAGUUAGACUUGCGCCGCAAUUUUAUGAUUUGUUAUGUAAUUGUAAAAUGGUACUUUAAAAGAAGUACUUUAAAAGACUUACUAGCUGUUUGAUACUCUAGUAAACUAAUGUACUUUUUGAUUAAACGUGAUAUAAUUUCAAAUAAGUACG